AUGGGAUCAACGGAGAAGACCUUCAGGGCGCAAGCCAUCUUCCCAAUUGGAGACCCGCCGUUUGUUCAAUUUCCUAGUCGGAGAAGUGUUGUACACAGUACCAAAGGUAUGGUAGCAUGUACCCAACCGUUGGCUUCGGAAGCCGGGCAGAGGAUAUUGAAGAUGGGUGGAAAUGCUGCUGAUGCUGCUGUGGCCACUGCUGCCGCGUUGAAUGUUACCGAGCCAUCUUCGACAGGAAUAGGAGGCGACAUGUUUUGUCUGUGGUUCGAUGCAAAGACCAAAAAGGUCCAGGCCCUGAAUGGUUCCGGGCGAAGUGCAAAGAAUACAACGGUCGAACAAGUUAGGAAGGAACUGGAUAUUCCUUCCACCACCACUCGAGCCAAAAUCCCAACCAAGAGUGCUCUCGCAGUGACUGUCCCUGGCGCAGCAGCAGGUUGGGUCGAUACAGUGGAGAAAUUUGGCAGUGGAAAGCUGACACUAGAACAAAUUUUGAUGCCGGCGAUCGAGCUAGCAGAGGAAGGGUUCCCAGUCUCCGAGCUCUCUGCCAAAUUUUGGAAAGAGGGCGAAGAGGGUCUCAGAAAUGCGUCUCCCAAUUUUAGAGAGCUACUGAAGAAGGACAAGACCGCCGAACAUUUUGUUCGAGCUCCACGAGCGGGUGAAAUCAUGCGAAACCCUACCCUUGGUAAAACCUUCCGCACCCUAGCCACGGAAGGAAAGAAGGGAUUCUACACCGGUCGGAUUGCCAAAUCGAUUGUCGAGGUUCUCCAACAACUGGGUAGUCACUUGGAGUUGUCUGAUUUGGAAGACCACUUGAACCGGGGUGCAGACGAGACGACUCCUAUAUCUCUGAAAUUCCGUGGCCAGAACAUUAAAAACACAGCAGCUCAAAGAGUUAGCAAUGGGACAUCAGAGGGACAUUUUGUGGAGCUUUGGGAGCAUCCGCCCAAUGGUCAGGGCAUCGUGGCACUGAUGGCACUCGGCAUACUGGAGGAACUUGAGCGGACCAAGAAGAUUCAGACGUUCGCACUGGAAGACCACAACAGUGCUCCAUACCUGCAUGCAGUCAUCGAGGCACUGCAGAUUGCAUUUGCCGAUGCUACCUGGUGGGUAACGGAUCCUGAAUACAUGCCAGUGAAGUCAGCAGAGCUACUGUCACGCUCGUACUUGGCUGAACGGGCGAAGCUGUUUCAAAAGGACAAAGCUGGGAAUCACCUCAAUGGAGAACCUAGUCCGGCUCAAAACCACAGCGACACCGUCUACUUUGCGGUAGCCGACAAAGACGGAAAUGGGAUGAGUUUCAUCAACUCGGUCUACGACGGAUUCGGAUCGAACAUCAUCCCACAAGGCUGUGGCUUCACACUACAAAAUCGAGGUUCGAACUUCGAACUGGGCCCGGAAAACCAUCCCAACAUUUAUAAAGGAGGAAAGAGGCCUUACCACACUAUCAUUCCAGGCAUGCUCACGAACGGGGAAGGGGCAGAGCGACAGCUUCACUCGGUCUUUGGGGUCAUGGGAGGCUUUAUGCAACCACAAGGUCAUGUGCAAGUCCUCUUGAACAUGGAAGUAUUUGGCAUGAACCCGCAACAGGCACUUGACGCACCUAGGAUCUGCCUGGGCGCCGGCCUGCCGUCGGCAGCGGGAGAAGACAUGAGUAUGGGCACGAUUUACAUCGAGGAAGGCAUCGAUAAGCAGGUGGUCAAGGCUCUGAAGCAACUGGGGCACGAUGUCGAGGUGGUCGGUGGUUGGGGCCGAGGUCGGUUUGGAAGAGGGCAGAUUAUUAGGAGACACGUCGAUGAGGAAACGAAGAUUCCUGUCUACAGUGGUGGCAGUGAUUUGAGAGGCGAUGGAUGUGCUUUACCUGCAUAG